UCUAGUAAACAAAUAAGGCGAGACCGAAAAAGGGUGACGAAAAAUAUCCCGGAACGAAAAUGGAAAAAGCUUCACCAGAAAUUGCUUGAAUUUAUCGUCAAUCUUCCGAACCCUAACCGUCUGCAAUAAACCAAAGCUUCUGAUCAUAUUUCUCAUCUGUCAAUGGCGUCUUCGUCAGUAACGAACUAGUGUAUCGCCAGCUAUUGGAUCAUAUGAAGUGCUUAGUCUCUUCUGGAAGAAGUAACUCAAAUGUAUUAUCCGCCCAUGUUCUUUGUGAUUACGGACUUUUCCAGGUGAAUUGGGAGAGACAUAUUCCUGUGUCUGGUUGUUUUAUUGAAGAGUUGCAGCAGCCUAUCCUGAAGUGUGAUUUGGAGGAAAACAUAUAUAAUGGCUGUAAGCAAUGAGCAUAUUGAACUUAAGUUCAGAAUAUAUGAUGGAACAGAUAUAGGCCAUAGCAACUACGCAUCAUCAACUACUGUAUCUGCUCUUAAGCAAAAGCUUGUUUCUGAGUGGCCUCAAGGUAAAUCUGUAGUACCCAAGACAGUGAAUGACGUAAAGCUUAUUCAUUUGGGAAAAGUUUUGGAGAACAAUAAGACACUAUCAGAAUCUGGAGUCCGUGAUGGUGCCUUUGCAGGAGGAGUAAUCACAAUGCAUGUUGUCAUUCAACCUGUUCUCAAUAAAAAGAAGUCAGCCAAAAAACAAGAUGAGACUGGAAAACUGAAUUCAUGUGGAUGCACAAUCUUGUAGACAUCUGUAAGAUGAAUUGGUGUCUGAAAUGCCUUAUAAUGUUGCAAUUGUUGUAUUUCGUUUUUCUAUUUCUUGUAUAUUGAAAUCCUUUCAAACAGGCGUGUGUGUGUGUGUGUGUGAGAGAGAGAGAGAGAUUUGUUUUUGAGGAGUUCACAUUUUUAACUUGAGACAUGUUUUUCUCAAGUUUAAUGUAUUUUUAAUGAUACAGGCUGUUUGCCUAAACAUGAGCCGAUGAUUUGGAUGA